ACGUCCCACGGCGCGUCGCUCCUCGUCGCGAGUCUCAUGAUGGGUCUCUUCAUCGCGACCAAGCUCGGCCCGAGCGUCCGCAUGUCGAUCCAAGAGUACUUUGGGUGGAGCUACUUUAGCCUCAUGGACCAAGGCAACUUCAUUGGCCAGUCGCUCAUUGCGUUUGGCCUCAUCUUUAUCACGCUCUGGGUCUACAUUGAGCAGCCCAGCUCCAACCCGUUUUAA